AUGAGUGUUGCUGCUGCGUCCAAGAUAGGAGAGUAUUCCUACCGCCAAUUCAAUGUGCAAGACCAAAAUGAGUUCCAUCUGAUAUCGAGUCUCAUCUCGAAUCAUCUUUCCGAGCCGUAUUCCAUCUACGUCUACUGGUACUUUCUCAACAACUGGCCGCAAUACAGCUUCGUCGUCAUGGACGAAAGCCGGUUGAUCGGCGUGGUUAUUUCCAAAGUCGAGCCCCAUCGCGAGGUGAGGUCGCGCGGCUACAUCGGGAUGUUGGUUAUUGACCCCGAGUACAGAAACAAGGGCCUUGCCAGUGGAUUGGUGAAGUUGACCAUCGAGAAAAUGCAGCAGGAUAACGUCGACGAAAUCAUGUUGGAGACGGAGGUGAUAAACCAAGGCGCAUUGAAUCUAUAUGAGAGCUUUGGUUUCUUGAGAGCAAAGCGACUAUACCGCUAUUACUUGAACACUCACGAUGCGUUUCGACUCAUUCUUCCCUUGAGCGACAAGUCGCACACCAGAAUUGCAUUCCUAGAUCCAAUUGCCGAUGAAUAG